AAGUCGAGUCCUCCACGAUCGAUACGAGUGAUUAUCCUUUGAAAGUCAAAAUUUAAUAUUGUUAUCUUUCUCAGCGCAGCUAGCAGCGUAUCAAGUAACAUAGUUAUGGCCUCUCUUAGCUAAGCCGGCUAGAAGUUAUUGCAGGAGUGAGAUUAUUGUUUGGUAGAUAUUAUGAAGCAGAAGAUCAUGUGGGAUCAUGAUUUGAUUUGGACAAUGAUAUGUUUACAAUGAACUGUAAUUGUACAUGAACGUUUACAUGUUUUGUUGUAGGAUGACCGAGGGCAAUCCAUUGUUACUGAGUUUGUAUUGGAUGAACAGUUUCUCCACAAUUCGUAUGGAAGAAAUCAAUGGUCAUCACUCUUGGCUUCUUGCCACCUGAGAGCAAUUAUUUGCCACAAUUGUAAUUCUGGAGCUAUAAAAAGUACAUCGGCCAUGGACACCAACGAGCCCAACGUGGCCAGUGAGAAGAAAGACCGAAACCCUGUACGUUUCAUAGCGAAGAUAGCUCUCUUCACUCGGUUACUCGCGCUUAUAAUACAGAUCACGCACCAGUGCAUCGUGGAUUUUGACUCGUCCGCUUGCUGCAUGGACCAGCCAGAGGGCAGAAGCAGAUGGCUGGAGUUCGUCUUUGGUGGCUUGACUCGCUGGGAUUCUGUUUACUUCCUGAGAAUUGCCAAGAGCGGCUACGAGUACGAGCAGUUCGGUGCGUUCUUCCCGCUCUGGCCGCUGACCGUGAGAGUAGUGGCGGACACGUUGCUGUGGCCGCUGUCAUUCUCGCAAGCAACCUCUCAGUACGAACGUUUAGUGCUUUCAGCCGUGGUCUGCAACACCGCGUUCUUCUGUGGUGCGGCCGUGCUCCUGCACCACUUGACAGUGAAAGUCACCGGAGAUGCACGCCUAGCUCUGUGCUCGGCGCUGCUGUUCUGCGUCAACCCAGCUAUGGCGUUCUUCAGCGCCGCUUACACCACCUCCAUGUUUGCCUUCUUCAGUUUUGCUGCAAUGUUGCUCUGGCGCAAGGGACGUACGGUGAGCAGUACGGUCAUGAUGAUGGUGACGAGCGGUACUCGCUCCAAUGGAAUUAUCUCCUGCGGAUUUGUCCUGUUUGAGUGCGGUUACAGAUGCCUGAAUCUAUGGCGCCGUCCGAAGACUGCCCACACGAUGCGGGCUAUACGCGUUCAGAUUGCCGUGGCCGUGCUCAGGACUGUUUGCAUCUGCUCGCCAUUCCUUGCCUUCCAGCUGUACAUGCGGCGGUCGUUCUGCCAUUGGUUUCCCUACACCUACGGCGAUGCCUCCCUGCCCCAGUCAUCAGCAGGGGGUGUGAGCACCACUGAUCCUCCCUUAUCUCCACAGCCGAUAAUCCUACCAUGGUGCAAGUCACUGCUCGGUCUAUCGUACGGUUACAUUCAGUCCACGUAUUGGAACGUGGGGUUUCUGCGCUACUUCACCGUUGCUCAGAUACCGAAUUUCAUACUGGCCUCUCCUAUGCUCAUCAUGCCCGUGGCAUUCUCUUGCACGUAUGUACGGCGAGCAUGGUACUCGGUAUCGAGACUAAGGAUGAACGAAGGGCGUGGCUUGUGGUCACCAUGCACAUUCGUGUUUGCAGUUCACUGGCUGGCCUUCACAGUUUUGUGCUUCUUCACUAUUCAUGUCCAGGUAGUGACGAGACUGAUGGCAUCUGCUACACCUGUUCUCUACUGGUACGUCGCUGAUCUCCUGUUGGCCGGUCACAGUGCCUUCAUUCUGCACCCGUCUGGUUCCGUACGAUAUAAAGGUCUCGAUAUCAAGGUGCCGGCCCAGUCGAAGCCGCAUUCAACCACUCUAUACUAUUUCCUCCUGUACGCCUACGUCGGACUGGUCAUGCACAAAAGCUUCUAUCCGUGGACAUGAGCCACGAAUGGUGUAGCGCUCUUUGCAAUCCCUGUCUCUCGACUUACCUACUCGUGUAGAAUUAACUUAUUGUGCCGUGCUUGAUCAUUAACUAAAUGUUGAUUUUCAGUGUUCUAGUAUUAUCACAGCAAACCAGCAGAUCACGUUAUGUAUGCGUAUUCUGACCUGCAAAACGCAAGGGUCAGGAGGCGAAAAACAGUUUGUCUUUUCAGUUUUCACUGCCCUCUUCCUCUGUUGACCGCCUACAGCGGUUAACUGUGCUAGGUUGUCGGUGCUUUGUUAUGAUCUACCAAUCACUUCUCACUGUACUCGGUGGUCUUCGUUAUAUUCAACAACCCGUCGCGAUACUGGCACGCGCUGGCCACUUUUGUCCCACUACGAUCCCCUGGCAUCUUUGGCGCGUGCUUUGGAAUCAUUUCCGAUUUUUUAAAGAAUUUCUUGUUAUUUUUUAGGAGUCAGAUUUUGGCGAUUGCCCCCGGAGUGUUUGGUAUCUUUACUUUGCGCUUUUUAAUAGGCCAGUGUUGAUGUGUUGAGGCGUUUUCCUGCCAUUCUCCAAUGUUUCUGUGGUUGACACUUUUCAAGCAACUCA